CCUUUCCCCGCUUCAGACCUGGAGUUGCCUUCCUUCGCUUUCCGUGCCGCCCCCUUUCGCCUUCUCAGCUAAAUGAGAGCUUUCCUGCGUGCUGUCCCGGUCACACGAUCUAGUCUCCCGCACCCCCGCUCUAUAAGUCGGCUGAGAAACUACAGCUCCAUCUCUCAACAUCGUUCAUCUGCUGCUACUACUACGACUGCUGCUACUGCUACUGAUACUUCAUCUUCACCUUUACAAAGUCGACAUAGACUCGUUGCAUCUUCGUUAACUUCUCGCCAGUUCGUCCGACGCUGUUCUGCUCACAGAAUGUGUUGCGGUAAUGAUUCUUCUGGCUCGGUCGAUAUCACUCAGGGGAGGGAAGUCUUGCCGGGGAAUGUGAAGCCAACCCAUUACGCCGUUGAGCUCGAGCCGAGCUUUGAGACGUUCAAAUAUGACGGGACUGUUACAAUUGAUUUGGCGGUAGUGAAGAAUAGUACUACUGUUGCUGUCAACCUUAUCGAUAUUGAUAUUAAGGAGGUCUCUUUGGAAUACAAUGGAAGCUCUCACAGUCCUACCGAUUCCAGCCAUGACGAGGAAACCCAAACUAUUACUUGGACUUUCGAGGAGACUAUUCCUGAGGAUACCCAGGCUAGCCUUACCAUCAAGUUCCAAGGAUUUCUCAAUGAUAACAUGGCUGGUUUCUACCGUUCAUCCUAUAAGGAUGAGGAAGGAAACAUCAAGUAUAUGGCUACUACCCAGAUGGAGCCUACCGAUGCUCGGAGGGCUCUCCCUUGUUUCGACCAACCGGAUCUCAAAGCUACCUGGGAUGUCACCUUGAUUUGUGACAAGAACCUAACCGCCCUAUCAAACAUGGACGUCAAGGAGGAGAAGGAACUCGACAAUGGAAAGAAAUCCGUUUCCUUCAACAGAAGCCCCAAGAUGUCCACCUACCUUCUCGCAUUCAUCGUCGGAGAUCUGCGGUUCGUCGAGAACAACGACUUCCGGGUCCCCAUUCGAGUUUACGCUACACCAGGUUCGGAACAUCAUGGACUUUUCUCGGCAGAGCUCGCAGCAAAGACUCUCGAAUUUUACGACAAAACCUUCGAUUACCCAUACCCGUUACCAAAGAUGGACAUGGUUGCCAUUCCCGACUUUUCGGCGGGUGCCAUGGAGAACUGGGGUUUGGUCACAUACCGAGUCGUCGACUUGCUCUAUGACGAGAAGACCGCUGCGUUGGACCGAAAGCAGAGAAUUGCCGAGGUCGUGCAGCAUGAGCUUGCUCACCAAUGGUUCGGAAACUUGGUCACUAUGGACUUCUGGGAAGGACUGUGGCUCAAUGAGGGUUUUGCUACCUGGAUGAGUUGGUACUCUGGGAAUAAGUUUUACCCCCAGUGGAAGGUUUGGGAAUCAUAUGUUACCGACAGUUACGCGGGGGCUCUGGGAUUGGAUGGAUUGAGGAGUAGUCAUCCCAUUGAGGUGCCGGUAAAGAAGGUUUCCGAGAUUAACCAAAUUUUCGAUAGUAUUUCUUAUUUGAAGGGAAGUUCUAUAUUGAGGAUGAUUUCGGUCUACCUUGGUGAGGACGUUUUCCUAGAAGGUGUUAGAAGGUACUUGCGGAAGCAUGCAUAUGGAAAUACCCAGACUGGUGAUUUGUGGGCAGCUCUCAGUGAUGCUAGCGGAAAACAUGUCGAGAGCGAUAUGGCGACUUGGACCAAGAAGAUUGGCUACCCCGUCAUUACUGUCGAGGAGCAGGGUAGCAAGCUUCACUUGACCCAAAACCGCUACCUCAGAACCGCAGAUGUCAAGCCCGAGGAAGACGAGACACUAUGGCCCAUCUUCUUGGGUCUCCGCACUAAGAGCGGCAUCGCCGAUAAUCUUACCUUCAAGACUAGGGAUACCACGAUCGAGCUUGACGACCCGGAAUUCUACAAGCUCAAUGCCAAUCAUACCGGUGUCUACCGUACUCUGUACCCUCCAGAACGCCUUGCGAAGCUUGGCCAGGCUGCCGACCUUCUUUCUGUAGAGGAUCGCGCAGGUUUACUCGGGGAUGCCGGAGCCCUUGCUACGAGCGGAUACCAGAAGACUUCCGGCCUAUUGGAUCUCCUUGUUGGCCUCAAGAACGAGAAGGAGUACAUUGUCUGGUCCGAGGUUGCCUCUAGAAUUGGUAACAUCAAGGCUGCCUGGCUUUUCGAGCCCAAGGAAGUCUUCAAAGGAUUCAGGGGGCUCCAGAAAGACCUCUUUGCACCAAUUGCCCACGAAAUCGGCUGGGAUUUCAAGCCUGAGGACAGCGAUAUCCUCCAACAGCUCAAAGCGUUGACUUUUGGUCAGGCCGGAUAUGGCGGUGACGAGGAGGUCGUUGCUGCCGCGAAGGAGAUGUUCAAGAAAUUUGCUGAUGGUGAUGUUGAUGCUAUUAACCCCAACAUCCGCACUCCAGUUUACCAUAUCGUAUUGCAGCAUGGUGACAAUGAUGGCGAGAAGGAGUGGGACAUAAUCCACAACGUAUAUCUGAAUGGCCGUACUAGCGAUCAGCGCAAUGGAGCCCUCCGCGCCCUUGGCCGCUCCGAGAACGCAGAAAAUAUUCAAAAGACCCUUGAUAUCUGUCUCAAUGGCGAAGUCAAGGAGCAAGACAUCUACCAACCGAUUAGCGGUCUCCGCGCCCAUGCCGCUGGCACGGAGGCUCUUUGGGCCUGGACACAAAAGAAUUGGGACACCCUCGUCAAGAAGCUUCCACCUGGCCUCUCCAUGCUCGGAGGCGUCGUCAGCACCUGCACAGGAGGCUUCACUUCCGAGGAGUCCAUCGCAAAUAUCGAGAAGUUCUUCGAGGACAAGAGUCAGAAGGGAUUUGAUAGGAGCUUGGCUCAGAGUCUGGACGGAAUCCGUGCUAAGGCUGCUUGGGUCAAGAGGGACGCUGAUGAUGUCAAGGCUUGGUUGAAGGCGAAGGGGUACACGUCUGCAGAGAAGUUGUAGGUUUAUCUGAGUGCCGUGCCUCUUUUAUUUUUCGGUGGCAUCUAGAGUAGCUUUUUAGAGUGAAUAUAGAUGGUUUAGCGGA